GAAAGAAGGCGUGCCUAUCUGUGUUGUAUACGUAAAUGGUUUGUCGAUUAUCUUUCAUUUUCACUUGAAAGUCAUGAAAGAAGCAUCUUCAAGGAUCAUCAUUAUUAUCAUCAUGAGCCAGGUGAACCAUACGCCUGCCUGGAAAUCAACGAAACACGUAUUCAUGCAAAACUGAGAAUAAUCAGGCUCGAUAUAUUUCUGGAUUUUACAAAAAUGGAAUCUUUAGCUCACAUCAAACGAGACAAUCAGACUUAUCACUGCUUCAUAGACGUGUGCGAAAAGAUCUUCACAGACACUCCAAAAAGCACCGUUAGAAACUGGCUAAAGUCCCUAAACAUCUCGACAACACCCUGUGCCACUUUGGAAGAGAGAAUUCACUUUCGUCGACGGAAUGCUUCUUUGGGUGCCACGUUUAGCCUUAUUCGAGAUGAAGACGUGACCCGUUUGAUUGCAUAUCGCAGUGAAGGUGCGAGGAAGCGAGCCAGACAUUCUCACAGUAGUUCUGCCACAAUCCUCGACGCUGGUGAUGUCCCCAGUCCGAGCCUCGCGACCACAGACAAUCCAAUUGUCAGACAUUCUCACAGUAGUUCUGCCACAAUCCUCGACGCUGCUGAUGUCAAAAGUCCGAGCCUCGCGACCACAGACAAUCCAAUUGUGUCUUACAAUCUCAGCGGCGAGUCAGACAGCGAUGCACAAGAACCGCCUGUAGAAAAGAAAUUUAAAGAUGAAACGACGUCGCCUAAAAGAAAUACGUAUAGCAUCCCAUUAGACAGCGCGCCUGAAAGAUUGAGAAUGAGGUAA